AACUGGUCCCUCCUGUUUAUUAGCGGACCAAUCAGAGGUGGAUUUCAGCUCCCCCUCCGCCCUCAGAACUAUUUAGCAUCUGAAAGUGGGAUGAAGUUUCCCAAAAAAGUUGAAGGAAAAAACUUAUUGCAAAGGAAGCGUUUGGAAGCAGUUUCUUGUCGGAACGCUGCGUAAAAAGUGAGACGUCUCCAAAACAAUUCUCCAUCUCCACGGAUAUUUAUUGAUUUUUUUUUUUAAAUUUAUUUUUUAAUUUUACUUUUUUUGUAACCACGGCUUCAAAGGUGGACACCGUCUUCUCCUCACUUUCCCUGCAUUUCUUCAAGAAAGAAAUGGAAGAGGGCUCCAGUUCUCCGGUGUCCCCUGUGGAUAGUCUGGUGACCAGCGAGGAGGAGCUGGACAGACAGCAGAAACGCUUCGGCAGGAAGAGGAGACACAGCAAGAAGUCCAGCGAGGACAGCAGCAGCAGCAGUCCCGGUCCGGUCAAACGGGGCAAAAAGCCGAGCCCGAGCAGCACGCAGUCGUACGAGGACCUGCAGAACCAGAGAGUCCUGGCCAACGUGCGGGAGCGCCAAAGAACUCAGUCUCUCAACGAGGCCUUUGCGUCUUUGCGCAAAAUUAUCCCCACGCUGCCGUCGGACAAACUGAGUAAGAUCCAGACGCUGAAGCUGGCGUCCAGAUAUAUAGAUUUUCUCUGUCAGGUGCUGCAGAGCGACGAGAUGGACAGCAAGAUGUCCAGCUGCAGCUACGUUGCGCACGAAAGACUCAGUUACGCGUUUUCCGUGUGGAGGAUGGAGGGCGCCUGGUCCAUGUCAGCAUCCCACUAGCACCCACAGAACUACACUUACCAUGCCAAAGCGACUGUUUACUUGUACAGAAGACCAGAGUGGAUUAAUGAAGAACCAUCAACCUCAAAGGUGGACUCACUAAAUGUGACUUAAACUCUUGCAAAAGGAGGUCUUUGUUUGUUUGUGUUUUGUUAUUGUAUACUAACCAUUUUGUUGUCCAGAGACUUUAAAACCAAAGUAUAAAUAUAUAUAUAAAUGAAUGCAUAUUGUACAUACCAGUGUAAUUACACUUAUAUAAAGGGAAUAAUGCAAUUUAGAGUCAUUUGCUGCAUGGAUUUAUUUCAUUCACAUUCUACACAUUCCGUCCGUCCAAUGUACAUUUUUGCUUAUUUAUUAAAAUACAUAUUUUUGAAUGAAACAGUUGAAUUGAUUUGAUUUGUAAAUGAAAAUUACUCUCUGUUUUAUAAUUACAUUUGUGUUUGCAGCUGCAAAUGCCUUCAUUUUUAUCUAAUGGCAACAGAUUUGGUUCAGACCAAUAAAUAUCAGCGGUGUAGUC